AGAAUGGAGAUGGCUUGAGGACGGCUAGUGCUUAUGUGUGCAGCUGUCACACCAGCAGUUCUGGUUGCUCUCUAUCUGAAUUUCAAAGAAAUGGGACGACGUGGACGUUGCCAUGGUAGCUUGCUAGCUGUUAUUAACAGUUACCUGUUCGACUAGCACUAGCGCCCGGAACAAUGACAGUGAAAAUGGCGGGGAGGAACCAGGCCUAUGGUUUCAAGUCGGCGACCACUGUGCAGCCCGCCAACGGCGGCCACGCGUACCUGUUCGGCAACGGCUCUGAGAACGACCUGUCUGAGGAGGACGGCGAGGGCAGCGAGCUCCGCCCGCGGGGCCGGGAGAGGCUGCGGCGCGGCCCGUCCCGAGACAAGAUGGACGACGUCAUCUACCUGGUCAAGGACAUCAAGGAGGGGGACACCCUGAACAGCAUCUCGCUGCAGUACUUCUGCUCUGUGGCGGAUAUCAAGCGGGCCAACAACCUGUUGUCGGAACAGGACUUCUUUGCGCUGCGAUCCAUCAAGAUCCCCGUCAAGCGCUUCAGCGUGCUGACUGAGACCCACAGCACAACCUCCCUCAAAUCUGCCUCCCCCUCGGGCACCCACCGGCUCCCCCAGACCCCCACCACCUCCCCGGACACCUCCACCGACUCUUCCUCCUCCUCCACCGACAGCGUGGAGGGCUUCCUCCAGGAGAAGGACAAGGACAUUGAGCUGCUGGUCAAGUCCACGUGCCCCUCCCGGAGCAGCCUGAACGAAGUGGUGUCCUCGCUGAGCCUCCAGCAGCCCCUGCUGAGCGAGGAGCCGGACUUCAAGCCCGCCCCCAGGAAGGACCCCUACUACGGGGCAGACUGGGGCAUGAGGUGGUGGACGGCCGUGGCCAUCAUGCUGGUGGUGGGCAUCGUCACGCCCGUCUUCUACCUGCUGUACUACGAGGUGCUGGUGAAGGCUGACGUCAGUCACCACGCCACCACGGAGUCUCACAAGGCUGCCGUCACCCUGGCCGCCGAGCAGCUGGUCCAAGCACCAGAGAAUAGAGGGGACGUUGCUGGAAAUGUUCCCCCACCCGAGUCCCAUGGAUUAAGGCAUUAUUCGGACGUGGAGGGCCACCCUGCCUCCAAGCAAACGAUCACGUAGCGAGGCAGUUCUGUCCACACACACACACUACAUGGACUAGACCAUAAUUAUGAGCCAAUAAUUGCUCGUUAAAAUGCAAUGCAAGCUCCCUGAUGGAAACCCUUCAUAGAGUGAAAAGAGGACGUAAGAAAUAAACAUGUUACUUUUUGUUCUUUUUUUUUUAAAUAUGUUUUGCACAGAGAAAUGUUAAUUCUGUAUCUUGAUUUGGUCAUUUCAGCCGGAGGUUAGCUCCACCUCGUCUGAAGACGGGUAGUCCUUUUGUCAGAGCAGUACCAAUUGCUGCCACUGUGUUCAUGUUGAAAAUAUAGUUGAAUAAUGGUAAUUUAUUUGAGAUUUAGCCCUAUAUUUACUAUCAGUAUUGAAGUUGUCACAGAUUCUCUUGAACAAUGUGUGAAUAUGUUUUGCUUGCCUUUGGGGGAAUCCGCAUUUUAUCAUCUGAAAAAAAUCUUUCUGCAAAGGGCAUGGUGAUGAAACACAGUACGGCCAGAACUAUUCUAGAUAUUCUACAGUGAACUGUAAUAUUGUAUCACCAUUUCUUAAAAUAAUGUCCAUUUCACGUUUUAUGAAAAUGUGUUAUAAUUGAACUGUACGUGCCUUCAACCUGAGGAACACUUUAACAGGCUGAAAAUAAAAGUAUAUUUUUAAUAAAUUA